AUGGACUCGGUUCUCUUGCACUUCCAUCUCCACACUCUUCCUCCGCUUUCCUCCGCCACUCACCGCCCUCUCUUCCAGCCUCUCGCCACCGCCUCUUUCUACCGCUCUUCCCCUCUCCUGAGGCUCCGUCCAGCGCCGCUUCUCGCCGCCAACACCCUCACCGCUAAUUCCGUCUCGCCAAGAAGUGGACAGUACACUGUUGGUGACUUUAUGACUAGGAAAGAGGAUUUACAUGUGGUGAAACCCACAACAUCUGUGGACGAAGCUUUGGAUAUUCUUGUUGAAAAAAGGAUAACUGGUUUUCCUGUGAUAGAUGAUAACUGGAAACUGGUUGGUGUUGUUUCAGAUUAUGACUUGUUAGCACUGGACUCUAUAUCAGGUCAUGGGCUAAAGGAUAACAGCAUGUUUCCAGAAGUUGACAGCACUUGGAAAACUUUUAAUGAGCUGCAAAAAUUGCUCAGUAAGACCAACGGAAAGUUGAUUGGUGAAUUGAUGACCACUGCCCCUAUGGUCGUUCGUGAGACCACCAAUCUCGAGGAUGCUGCGAGGUUGUUGCUAGAAACCAAAUUUAGACGCCUUCCAGUUGUAGAUGCUGAGGGGAGACUUGUCGGGAUUAUCACAAGAGGAAAUGUUGUAAGAGCCGCACUGCAAGUGAAACGAGCUAACCAAAAGAAAGCAUGA